UGCAGGCGAUGGAGAGGGCCAUGCAGUUCCACGAGACGCUGCAGAACCUGAUGGAGUGGCUGGACAGCAGCGAGGAGAGGCUGGACGACAUGGGCGCGCUCGGAGCAGACACCGAAGCCAUCAAGCAGCAGAUCAAUGAACUCAAGGUGUAUAAGGCGGAUGUGGACCCGCGCACGGUGGACGUGGAAGCGUUGAAUCAGCUCGCACACGACAUGAUGGAGCGGGCGUCGCCGGAGUCUGCGCAGGCAAUCCGCGCUCCCCUCGAUGAGGUCAACCGACGCUGGAACUCCUACAGGGAGAGAUCGUAGACAGACAACACAAGCUGGAGGCGGCGCUGCUACAGCUGGGACAGCUGAGGCACGCCAUCGACGAGUUCUUCAGCUGGCUAGACAUCCAGGACGCGCAGCUGAAUCGUGCCGUGCCCAUCUACGGAGACCCCAAGUCCAUUGAGAUCGAGCUAGCAAAGCACAAGAUCCUACAAAACGACAUCCAGGCGCACGAAGCGAGCAUCGAUUCCAUCGUGGACGCCGCGCGCGCGCUCGCCGCCGACUCCCCAGAG